ACCGUGGGGCGUCCAGGCCGGCGGGGCUUUGUGCGAGCCGUACCUUCCCACUCGCGGCCAGCGCGCGACCUGGGCUCGGCCAGGCUCCGGAAGGGGGGGCUCCGCGCAGCCACUCCCCGAGGUCUGGGGAGCUCAGGCGCCUAGAAGCUUGUGUUCCCUGCGCUUGGCAGUUUUUGUUUCUUUUGUCCUAUUGAGCGCGGACUAGAUAGAGUCAUUUUAGAGUAACAGUUCAGCUGAUCUCUGAUGAUGGGCGCUGCUUCUGCACUGGCCUGCGGGGAUUUCAAAUUUGACAGCCCCCUCAGACCGUAGUCUAGAGAUGAUGUAUCUAGGGAAUGCUGAAGACAGGAAGGAGAUAAACGUUUUUAUUUUAAAGUAACUCCUCACUUGUAUUCCCCCCACCCCCGCUUCAUUUAGAAGCUCAAGAUUUUUCUAAUGGCAUAAAGAUUCAUUUGUGUUGAGGAUGUAGUUUGUUACUUUUCUUAGUGUUUCUCCCCUUCUCCUGUUGAAUGGAAAAUCAACAAUUAUUAGCCAGGGUGCGAUCUACUUUGUGUUCAACUUAUAUACUUCAAUUUGAAAAAAAUGUUUAUUUCUUUGUGGGAGUUCUUCUAUGGGCACUUUUUUCGAUUUUGGAUGAAAUGGCUCUUACGGCAGAUGACCGGAAAGUGUGAAUUGCAGCGAAUUUUUGAUACCUAUGUAGGUGCACAAAGGACACACAGGAUAGAAAAUUCCUUGACCUACUCCAAGAAUAAGGUUUUGCAGAAAGCAACACUUGUUGUUCAGAGUGAAGUAGACAAAUGUGUAGAAGAUAUUAUGAAGGAAAAGAAUAUUAACCCUGAGAAGGAUGCCAGUUUUAAAAUCUGCAUGAAGGCAUGCUUACUGCAGAUAUCCGGUUAUAAACAGCUCUAUUUGGAUGUAGAGAGUGUGAGGAAAAGACCAUAUGAUUCUGAUAACCUCCAACAUGAAAAGCUGCUUCUCAAGCUUUGGAAUCUUCUAAUGCCCACGAAAAAGUUGAAGGCUAGAAUCUCCAAGCAGUGGGCUGACAUUGGUUUCCAGGGUGAUGAUCCCAAAACAGACUUCAGAGGCAUGGGCAUACUUGGAUUAAUCAAUCUCGUGUAUUUCAGUGAAAACUAUACCAGUGAAGCUCACCAGAUUCUUUCCCGUUCAAAUCAUCCAAAAUUAGGGUAUUCUUAUGCAAUAGUUGGAAUCAACCUUACUGAGAUGGCUUAUAGCUUGCUAAAGAGUGAAGCUUUGAAGUUUCAUCUCUACAACUUUGUUCCUGGUAUACCGACAAUGGAACACUUUCAUCAGUUUUAUUGUUACCUUGUCUAUGAAUUUGACAAGUUUUGGUUUGAAGAAAAGCCAGAAAGCAUUAUGUAUUUCAACAUGUAUAGAGAGAAGUUUCAUGAAAAGAUUAAAGGACUCUUACUGGAUUGUAAUGUAUCACUUACUUUAAAAAUAUGAAUCAUCCGUAGUAUCUUCUAUUUCUACCACAUUUUGCACACACAACAGAAUUUAUAUGUUGUAAUAGAAAGUAUCUGAUCAAUUACACUCCUUAUAUAUAAUUUCCUACAAAAAGAUUUCAGAAAUUCUAUUUAAGAAAGCUAGUGGACAAUCAGUGUAUGUUUACAGUUGUUUAUACACUGUUUUCCAAAGGUACCUUAUCCUUCCAAAGAUCCCUUCUGUAGAGUCCUGUGAACUACAGUUUGGAACUUGGGACUUAGCCCAUGUAGUGUAAAAGUACAAAUCAGGUAUUUGUAUUUAAUUGGUUGAUUAAAAUGUGUAAGAAUCAGUUUUGAUUUUUAUGUGUUGUACUAUCAAGUCAGUAUCGUAACCUUUCAAAGCUCUUUUAAGAUUUUUUUGUGUUUUAGUUUGGAGAUGAUUGUUCUUUCUCUUUGUCAUGUUUUCUUCCUAGGUUAAUUAACAGGAAGAGUAGUUCUUCAUGGUUUUCUUUGUUUGCAUCUCAAUCACAUGCCCUAAUGUUGCUUCAUUAGUAGCAAAAAGCAUUGAUAUGUCAGACAGGAUAAAGAAUCAUGGCCUCUUUUUUUUUUUGGUUUCCCUGAUUAUUUAGCAUAAUGGAUAAUGAGAGAAUGACAGUAUUGGUGACUAGCUUUUUUGUUUCUAAAUACUACACUUUAAAAUAUCACAGUGGUAUUUUAAAGCUUAAAAGCAUUUUCUCAUCUUCAGUUAUUUGCUUUUCAGUCAGUUGUAGAAAAGAAGAAUAAUGCUCGGUGUGAAGGCCUUUUAUGAGGCUUCUCUGCCUGUGAGUGUUUAUGAAAAGAGAUGUAUUGGCUAAGAAAAUCUAGACUGUAUUCAAAGGACAGUGGCUAUUUCAAUAAAACUGUCUUUGAACUUAUACAAAAGGAAAAUUUAAAGCUUUUCAAAAAUACUGGUGAAACAUCAUUGGCUUAUUUUAUUUAUGAUUAACUGUUGCUUCUUUUUGCUUUGCCUCCAUGGUGCUUCUGGAUAAUGGUAUAUGGACUUUAUGGGUAUUCUUUGAGUUAGUGGUCUGUGGGAUUCAAAAGUAGCCUGAGGAUGAUGACUGUGCAUUUCGUAUAGCUUUAUUCUCCUAAAAUCUCAGGAGGGCAUCGAGUGCUGUCAAAGAUUAUAUAGUGAUGAGCUUCUCAUGGGAAUGAUUUCUUCCUUGUGUGUUUUAGGCAUUUGUACUCCUAGCAAAACUAAAAGAGUUUAAAGAUAGGUUUGUCUGAUCACUAAGUUCUUAAAUCCUACAGAAACCGGCCUAUUAAAGACAUAUUUUAAAUAUGAUGAGAGUUAGCCCAUCUUUAAAUGUGUAUAUCAGGUGCUUAAGGACUGACUCAUGUGGUAGCAAGACCCAAGACUUUCAGUGUUCGUUCAUGUCUCUUGACAGACCUCUUUCUGUAAACUUGUCAGAGAGGUAAAAAACAUCUGAGUGGAAAGUAACAGAUGCAGUGUUGUAUAGCACACACAUUGAAAGCGCAGCAUCAAAACUAUUACUUUCUCAACAGGAUAAAACACGUAAAACUUGGGUUCGCUUUAUUAUUGACUGUGGUGGUUUAGUGUCUCCAUAUCACAGGCAUUUAAAAUUGGUUUCUUGUAGGAGACUUCUAAACCCUGGGAUUAUCUCAGUUUUUUCUUUAUGCUUUCAGUGCAUUAGUUUCUAGCUCUGCAGUUCUAGGAGAUGUAGCAAAAUCCUGGUAAGGAUCAGGUGCUAACCAUUAAAGCUCAUUUUAUAGUGUUUACUAUUACAUGGAAAGCAGUUCUGUUAGUCUUUUAAUGUUUAUGCUGAAAAUUCUUACCUUUAUAUUUUAAUCUUUCAACAGCUGAGGUCUUGAACUGAUUUAAACCUUUGUCAGUAUGCUUAAUAAAGAAUGACACAAGUAUGUAUGGAAGGGAAAACUUUUUAAAGUAAUCAAGUUUUUCACUUUCUAUGGAGGAAAAACACUUUGUAAUAAUGUUUUGAGAACGUCAUUUGAAAGUUUGGUCAGUAAUAUGUUCUUUAAAUCCAUCACUGUUUGUACAAUAUAGAUAUUGUCCUGCUUUUGCUUUAGAUACUCAAUAACCAUUUCAGAAGCUCUGUAGUGAAUUGGUCUAAAAGAUACCAAUAAAUUCUAAAGUUUGAAGUCUGGAAGCCAAGCUAAGCGUCCCCACUUGUAAAUUAGAAUGUAACAUAGUGACAUACAUGAAAAAAUAUAAUUGUGUCUCCUGUCCUAUUUUUCCUUGCUUUCAGCAUAUGUGUGUUAGAAUUUUAUGUAGUCUUAAAAUCCAUGUUUAGAAUCUUCCCUGUUUCUGUAAUAAUGAAGAAAAUACCAAAGUAGUGAUAGAAUUGAAGUAGCAGGAAAAUUAUGUUUGUUUUAGCAUCAGAAAAGUGAAUCGAUGUUAAAAUCAAUUUUUGUAUAUGCCAGAUCAAAGAGAGCGUGCCAGUGACGAGAAUGGUGUAAAAAUAGAAUUAUACUGGUCGUAGUUCAAGUAUGUUCUGAAAGACAAUCUUUAGGGAAAUGGGAGAAUCAGGGGAUAUCAGUAUGUCAGUGAACCUAGAUCAGCCUCUCUUUGUAUAUAAAUAUGGUGAUAUAGUUAGAUACAAAAAUCAGUGUCUUACUGGCACCAGUUUAGAAAACAGGAUCUUUUUCUUAAAAAAUGCCCAUCCUGAUUUUUUUUCUACUUUAACAGCUACUUGGAUUUGUAUGUAUUUUCCUAUGUGAAAAAUGUAUGUACUCUUCAUUUUUAUUCCAGUAUUAAUAAUUGUUUAAAUACUGUUUCUCCCCUUUGCAUUCAGCGAAAUAGAACUUGGUCAAAGAUUUGCUCAAAGGAGCAGCGUUACGUGAGUGGAAAGUGGAAUUCUCGUUUCCAGAGCAGAAAAGAUUACACACUAUCAUGGCACAGAAGAGAAGUUUGGCUUGGAGGGCAAUAAUGUUUAGAAUUAAUGAUCAGGGGCCAGCAGCUAUUUUCUCAGGAUAAAUGGUCCACCUAACUUCUCUCUGAACAAGUCUGGGGAGGCUUCCUUUCCAUUUUCACAUUUAUGAACCUCUCCACACAAGCAGAUUUUUAACAAAGACGAAGGGACUUAUUAAACAUCUGAGAGAAAUCAUGAGUGAGCUGGUUCUUUUUUUCUGGCCUCACCUUUUGACAAGAAAAAGUUUAAAUGUAGUUCAGGUAAGACCUAACUAUUAUAGGGCAAUCCUUUUUUUUUUCUUUCUUUCUUUUUUUAAUUAUAGGGCAAUUCUAUGGUUCUGUUAAUGUAUUAAAAAAAUAAGCAGUGGCUUUCCCUGGGGGAAAAAGUGCUGGUUGUCAACUUAAAGAAAUCGAUUUUUGUCUACUUUGGAUAAAACAAUUAACUUCAUAUGUAAAAGCAAUAGUUUAAAUGUGAUGUCAUUUUGUUCAGAAUGUUGUGAACAAAUAAAAAAGUGUGUCAAAAUUGUUACAA